AUGGUGGCCCUCACUUGGCUCGGUGUGGCAGCAGCCUUCGUGCUGACCGCAUGGCCACCUUCAGCUAUCGCAAGCCCUAGCUUCCAUAGCUUUGCCAGCCAGAGCUACAAUAGCGGUGCUUCCGCCUGUCCUGAGCGCUGCCGUGAUGCUGGGCCCAAUACGGGGAACUGGUCGGUGUACUCGGGCUUCAAGCAGAUCCGGAAGUGCAAGGAAACGAUCUUCUAUGACUUCUCCCUGUUUGACAAUGUUGAUGAUUGGGAAAGAACCCACCGCAUUCAGGCCUGCUCUUCAUACGGGCCGGACUUCGCCACUUCUCCGGCGACUACCACUCAUGUUACUUCUAGCAAGCCCGUUGAUGUUCAGUUUGAACUUGGGUGGUGGCAGGAGGGUUUCGGUCUGGCGGGUGCUGGGAUGCGGUCAAUUGUUAGGCAGAUGCGCCACUAUGCCGAUGGAGAGCAUGGCAAGUCCGAUAGGCCAUCUAUCAUAUAUGGCCAGUCUGGUCAAGCUACAAUCGGGUUGUAUGUUGGCCAGGGUCUGCUGAAACAAGGGCUCAGCGAGUCUGCGCUCAAGCUCUUCCAGGACAACCUGGGCAAUCUUGCCAUUUCCACCCCUAGCUUAGCUAUGCAGCUCUGUGAGGAAGGCUACGAUAGCACACAUGUAUUCGGUAUUAUGGCGACGAGCAAUGGAACCUUUGCUCCCAUACAAAGUGCAAUCAAGUCUUGGGCUAAUGCGACGUGCUUAUCGUUCCCCGGAUCUGUCAAGCUUGCGGGCUCGGUGAAAUUCACUACGCCGCUCCUGAAUGGCAACCACACUACCGCGGCCAAUUCCACUUACUUAGGGCGCAAUCUGGUUCGGAAGAUAAUUACAAGGGGGAGUGGCGAGUGUACAACUGUACAGGUUGACGCUGGGAACAGCUGUGCAGACCUGGCAGUGAAAUGCGGCAUUUCGGGCGCUGACUUCACGAAGUACAACCCCGCCAAUGAUUUCUGCUCCACGUUGAAGCCUAAGCAGCAUGUUUGCUGCUCUGAUGGAAAUCUUCCUGAUUUUCGUCCCCAGCCCAACGAAGACGGCUCCUGUAGGGCAUACCAGGUCCAGGCCGAUGACAAUUGCGACAGCCUCGCUGCGGAAUACAGUUUGAGCAGCGAUGAUCUUGAGAAUUUUAACAAGGACACCUGGGGUUGGAAUGGCUGCGAGCUUCUGUUCAAAGAUACGGUUAUGUGUUUGAGUGAAGGAACUCCGCCCUUCCCCGCAGAGAUCUCCAACGCUCAGUGUGGUCCCCAAAAGCCAGGCACAAUCCCGCCAACAAAUGGCUCGAACAUUGCCGACCUCAACCCUUGUCCGCUCAACGCAUGCUGUAAUAUAUGGGGCCAAUGCGGCAUAACUGCGGACUUCUGCGUUGAUACAAACACUGGGGCCCCGGGAACGGCUGAGCCAGGAACCUACGGCUGUAUAUCGAAUUGUGGGAUGGAUGUUGUGAAAGGAUCUGGGUCUGGGGAUGUCAAAAUUGCCUACUAUGAAGGCUACUGCCUCAGUAGGGAGUGCCUCUUUCAGGAUGCCUCGCAGAUUGAUACCUCGCAAUACACGCACCUUCAUUUCGGCUUCGGAACACUGACCGACUCUUGGGAGGUCGAGACAGGGGAUACAUUGUCCACCUACAAUUUUGGCGAGUUCAAGAAAAUCUCAGGAACCAAGAGAAUUCUUUCGAUUGGUGGGUGGGACUUCUCAACCAUGCCUGAAACAUACAAGAUUUUCCGUAAUGGUGUCAAACCGGCGAACAGGCUAACGAUGGCGACAAAUAUUGCCAACUUUAUCAAGGACAAUGAUCUUGAUGGUGUCGAUAUCGACUGGGAAUAUCCGGGGGCGCCUGACCUUCCUGAAAAUGACCCUGGGACGGAGGAAGACGGUCCCAACUACCUGGCAUUCCUUGUCGUUCUCAAAAAUCUCUUGCCGGGAAAGUCUGUCUCCAUUGCCGCACCGGCAUCCUACUGGUACCUGAAGCAGUUUCCUAUAAAGGACAUGGCUAGGAUCGUCGACUACAUUGUCUAUAUGACCUAUGACCUUCACGGCCAGUGGGAUGCGCAUAACAGCAACUCACAGGAAGGCUGUGAUACGGGUAAUUGUCUGCGCAGCCAGGUUAAUUUGACGGAAACGAAACAGUCUUUGGCAAUGAUUACCAAGGCAGGUGUCCCUGGCGCAAAGGUUAUUGUUGGUGUGACAAGCUACGGUCGUUCUUUCAAGAUGGCAGACCCUAAUUGCUGGGGCCCGGAAUGCCUUUACACUGGCGACCGCUUAGAUUCUGACGCGAAGAAGGGCAAAUGUACUAAUACAGCUGGUUACCUUGCUGGGGCGGAAAUUGACGAUAUUAUAAAAGAUCCCUCUCGGGUCGUCAAAAGCUAUGUUGACACGACCAGCAAUAGCGACAUUCUCAUUUACGACAAGGAUGAAUGGGUCGGCUACAUGAGCGCCGCCACAAAAAAGGCGCGCACCACCCUGUAUAGCGCUUGGGGCUUGGGUGGAACCUCUGACUGGGCCAGCGACCUGCAAACCUAUCAUGAUGUUCCCAAGCCGGCGACAAGCUGGGCCAACUUCAUCCAACUCGCCAAAGCAGGGGAGGACCCUAAGGCUGACCAAACGCGUACCGGAAACUGGACCUCGUAUGACUGCACUGACGAUAAUGUUGCAAAUCUAUUCGACUUCACACCCUCACAACGGUGGAAGAACAUGGAUACAGAUACAGCAUGGAGUGACAUUAUCCGAAUCUGGAAUGACACCGAUCACCCGCGCCAUAUCAGUUUCAUGCAAUCUGUUGAGAGCACCACCCAUUUCGAGUAUCAUGCCUGCGAUGACGUAGAGGCCACAAGCUGCAGUUCCAUUGGUUGCGAAGACGGUGCAAACGGAGGCCAGUCUGGUCCCGCAGCCUUUCUCAUCCUUUACUCAAUGGCCCAAAUUCACGAUAUGUACAAGAAAUACUACGAUGGCUUAUUCCAGUCUCUCAGUAUUGUCGGUACGGCACUCGAUGAUAUGGAGAACAAAUUCGCGCCCGUCCCACCUGAGAGAGACGAUACUUGGCUCAAUAUUCUCAUAGACAUGGUCACACUUGGCGCUCUAGGCUCCGCUGGGCCCUUGUUCAACACAAUGCUGAAGGAUCUCGAUUGGUUUUCUGGCAGCGCCCUGGACAAUGCAAAAGAUACCACUAUGACCCUCUUGGGACAAGGUACAACUACCGCCAAGGACGUACUACCUCCGGGUAAGGCCGAUUGGUCGCCUGAAGACCAGGACGAAUUCUCAGCCUAUAUGGGGCAGGUCGUGUAUGGCUGGUCCAAUACCACCUCCCGCACGCUUCAACGUCUUUUCGGCGGUUCUCCAGAAAAUAUGAAAACCCUAUGGGAAGUCAUAUCAGAUGGCAAGCUCAUCGAGGGUAAGAGGAAUGUUGAUCCCCCUGACACUGUAAAUCCUCAGAAUGAGCUCAUCGCCAAUAUUAACAAGUGCGUCGUCGGCUUUGCAUUGCCCGCAUUGUGGCGCCAAGCUGGAUCUUAUACGUUUAUCAUUGAUUCAGGUCAGUCUUGCGACGAUGACCCGAACAUCAGCGAGUAUUUGGACGACGAUACCAUUGAUGCCACGGGUGUCUGCGUUGACAAUCGACAAUACUACCUCGCAUAUCCGGAUGGCCAUGCGACUGACUGUACUUGCAAGAUCAUCAACGAUUCCGGCCCCUGUCAAACGGUCUGCAGAGACAGCAAAUUCUCUGCUCCCGAGGGAAUCGAAUACAUCUCUGGCGACAACAGCUACUACGGCAUCACUAUCAACGAGCUGGUCAAGGGCUCUGUCCGGACCUGGAUAGCUAACGGGAGGGAAAACGGCGCUAGCAUAGCAGAUCCUACGAACCACGGCACCAUGUCCGACCUGAUAGACGUUGAUGUUACAACGCCCGGCUUCAUGCGGAUUCCUGUUUGUAGCCCCGCCCGCGCCUUUCAAUCCUGGGACACGGCCGACAGAGACUCAAGCCCGAACUGGCCCUGCGAUAUCCCGCCUGGUAAAGAUGAGUGCGGUGAGUCAACCUUUGUGGACCAAACUAGCGAUGCAUCACCAAAGGUAGAAGACUGCCGCCAGAUCAUCAAGAACAUUGAGGGCGAUGCAUCCACUAGCUGGACGACCCAGGUUGUCGGCCAUAACCAGCGCGAGAUUGCCAGUCACGCAUCCUGUCACUUUGGCGUUGAGGCUACUAAGACCAACGGAAAUGUCAAUUUCAAGGUCGGCGGGCAGGAUGUCAUUGAUAUUAUCAAUGAUUCCAUCGACAAAUUUGCUAGGGAUGGGCUGAUCGGCGCAAAGGGAAACAUGGAUUGCAAUGGUAAUGUAAAGAGUGAGCCGGUGCUGUGGGGGAUAUACUAG